AUGGCAGAUCCACGUGAAGAUCCGCUUGCCAGCUCGCAUCUAAACUCUGGACUCCGAAUCCCUGAUCGCAGAUCUACUAAAGGAGAGGAGCUUCCCGGAGUUAAGAAAGGGUUUAUACACGAUUAUACGCGAAAGACGCUUACCUAUUUGAUAGCCUUAGCUGGCCGUGCCCCCGAGAAGAUCUUUUCCAGCUUCUUUCAUAGUAGACCGAGCGGUGUAAAACCCGUCUACGCUCCUUCUUUAGCCUAUGCUUUUCAAGGACUUGUAGCCACGCCGGUUAGCAACCUCCCUACGAGCUUUGGCCAGGAGAAGCCGCCACUGAAGGAGUUUGAAACUAGUCUGAGAAGGGUCAACGUAGAUAACAUUAGGCUGAGCACAGCCAUCAGAAAGACCUCGAGCGAACAAAGACCGGAACUAACUGCUCGCUCAAUGCGCAGAACCCUUCGGAAUGGGAUCAAAGCCCGACGAACCCAUAGUAGCUUAACUUGUCUAUCCGCCAGCACCAUAAAGCGGAUACCGAGGCAUUUGAACCGGAGCUUUCAGCAGUUUGAUACUCGGGCUUCAGUAGCCGAUAGGAGCUGGCAAAUUCCAAGUUGA